GCCAAUGGACUGUGUUCCUGCCAGGUCUCCACCACUCCUGGUAUGUUCUGUUCUUCCACAGAAAACUGUUUCCGUCCAGACUUAUUAAGAGAAAGGACCCUGGCGAUUUACUUGGGCAAGAUGCCCAAUGAGUGAAGAUGAAAAUUCCUGGCUUUUGGAUUGUCUAGAGCAGGCAUUGGAAAACUCUGUUUUCUGUAAAGGGCCACAGGUGGUGAUUGGCAAGCUGAGUUGAAAUGUCCCCAGAAGUGGCCUUGAACCGUAUUUCUCCAAUGCUCUCCCCAUUCAUAUCCAGUGUGGUACGGAAUGGAAAAGUGGGAUUGGAUGCUACAAACUGUUUGAGGAUAACUGACUUGAAAUCUGGCUGCACAUCACUGACUCCUGGCCCCAACUGUGAUCGAUUUAAACUGCAUAUACCUUAUGCUGGAGAGACAUUAAAAUGGGAUAUCAUUUUCAAUGCCCAGUACCCAGAGCUGCCCCCUGAUUUUAUCUUUGGAGAGGAUGCCGAGUUUCUGCCGGACCCCGCAGCUCUGCACAAUCUUGCCUCCUGGAAUCCUUCAAAUCCUGAAUGUCUCCUACUGGUGGUGAAGGAACUUGUGCAACAGUAUCAUCAGUUUCAAUGCAGCCGCCUCCGCGAGAGCUCCCGCCUCAUGUUUGAAUACCAGACGUUACUGGAAGAGCCACAGUAUGGAGAGAACAUGGAAAUUUAUGCUGGGAAAAAAAACAACUGGACUGGUGAAUUUUCAGCACGUUUCCUUUUAAAGUUGCCGGUGGAUUUCAGCAAUAUCCCUACAUACCUUCUCAAGGAUGUAAAUGAAGAUCCUGGCGAAGAUGUGGCCCUCCUUUCUGUCAGCUUUGAGGAUGCUGAAGCCACCCAAGUAUACCCCAAGCUGUACUUGUCACCCCGAAUUGAACAUGCCCUUGGAGGCUCCUCUGCUCUUCACAUCCCAGCUUUUCCAGGAGGAGGCUGUCUGAUUGAUUAUGUUCCUCAAGUGUGCCACCUGCUCACCAACAAGGUGCAGUAUGUGAUUCAAGGCUAUCACAAAAGGAGAGAGUACAUCGCUGCGUUCCUCAGUCACUUUGGCACCGGUGUUGUGGAAUAUGAUGCAGAAGGCUUUACAAAACUCACUCUCCUGCUGAUGUGGAAAGAUUUCUGCUUCCUUGUACACAUUGACCUGCCCCUGUUUUUCCCUCGAGACCAGCCAACUCUCACAUUUCAGUCCGUUUAUCAUUUUACCAACAGUGGACAGCUUUACUCCCAAGCUCAGAAAAAUUAUCCAUACAGCCCCAGAUGGGAUGGAAAUGAAAUGGCCAAAAGAGCAAAGGCGUAUUUCAAAACCUUUGUGCCUCAGUUCCAGGAGGCAGCCUUUGCCAAUGGAAAGCUCUAGGAAACACCCGUCUCAAGAGCUGGCCAGCCAGACUGCUCAGUCCCCACGCGUGUCAGCACACACGGCUGCUUCCUGGAAGCCAUUUGGAACGUCUCCACGCGGCAUUUUGCUCACACAGCAGCUUUAUGCACCCCAGACAGCCCCACUCCUCCGGAACCCAGACUCAGCUGGCUGGCAGAAGCCUGAGACCCGGAGCCCCUCGCUCUGGGAGCAUCCUCUUUCUUUCCUUCCUUGUGUGUCUUAGUUGGAAGAAAUAAACUCACAAAUCAGGAUGCAGUCGUGUUCCAGGGAAAGUAAGACGUCAUCAGUGCACACACCCUUCUCCCACGGCCUUUGUCUCAGAAACUAAAAGUUUAAGAUUAAACAUUCUGUGGCUUUGUAUUUUCCUGAAACUAGUGGCAUGCCUCUGUGUAUGUGUGUGAGAGAGAGAGAAAGGUCCCGAACAUUUCCCGUUCAGCACAGUCCUUCUCUAGAGAAGGGAGC